CCCCUUUUGAUUUUCGUAAUUUCAAAACUUGGACUUAUUACUUGUACGGAGCUUGAAAAUUGCAAAAUUAGGAAAGUGGUGAAGGUUCGGUAUCUCCGUCUGAUUCCUUCUUCGUGUCCCCUUCUUCUCCCAAAUCGGGAUUUGGGUGGUUGAAAGACGAUCCUUUCUGCGUUUGUUUGAGGAUGUUGGUUGGUGAGUUGGUCCUUCAAGCAAGUGAGAAAUUUGGCAUCAUAGAAACAUAAGAAAUUUCAGAGUAUAGUUUGCUUCUAUAAUUCUGAUUGCAAAAUUUGAUGAAAAAGAUGGCAGAGACCUCUACCAUUUCUCUUGACCAGGGAAUGGUAAAUGGAGGUUUCAGGAUGGAAGAUGAAUCGCACCGCUUGUACAUGUCAAGUUGGUACUUUAGUAAGGAAGAGAUUGAAAAAAACUCUCCUUCAAGGAAAGAUGGGAUUGAUUUGAUCAAGGAAUCAAAACUUCGGAUGUUUUACUGUUCAUUCCUUAAGGAUAUCGGCUUCAGGCUUGGAUUACCACAAGUUACCAUUGCCACAGCAAUUGUAUAUUGCCAUCGCUUCUAUCUCCACCAAUCCCAUGCCAAAAAUGAUUGGCAGACAAUUGCUACUGUGUGCAUGUUUCUUGCCUCCAAAGUAGAAGAGACACCACGUCGUUUGGACAAGAUUGUGGUCAUGGCAUAUGAGACAAUCCAUAAAAGAGACCCUACUGCUGCAUCUAGAAUACUGCAGAAGAUUACGUUUGAGAAGCAAAAGAAUAUUGUUUUGAUUGGAGAAAGAGUGCUCCUAUCCACAAUUCGGUUUGAUUUUAAUGUGCUCCAUCCCUACAAGCCACUACUUGAUGCUCUCAAGAAACUCGAGAUUACUCAAAGAGAAGUUAGACAAACUGCAUGGAACUAUGUGAAUGAUUGGCUUUGGACUACUUUGUAUGUGCAAUAUAAGCCCCACUACAUAGCAGCUGGUUCCCUUUUUCUUGCUGCUAAACUUCACAAUGUAAAGCUUCCUUCAGAGAGGGGUUAUGUCUGGUGGCAUGAAUUUGAUAUCAUUCCUGGCCAAUUGGAAGGGGUGAUUCAGGAAAUGAGACAGCUUUUGGAAUGUAACCGAGUAUCAACUUCACUUCGAAACCCAAUUCAAACUCCUGUAGUAACCAAUGAGAAGCUCUCAUGCAGUCCCGAUUCUGUUCUAAAAAGUGCAGGCAUCUUGAGACGCAGCUCAAGUCAAGAUUCUGAUGCAGAUCUUAACAGUCAUAAGCCCAUUGAUUCUAAUUGUCAGGCCUCCGUCUCAAGUGCAGUGACUGAACAGAUUUCAAUGGAGCACCAAACCACUGGGCCUCAGAGACAGGUGUCUGGCUCCAAGAUUUUAAUGGGUGCUGUGGACCAUAAUCAGCACUUAGUGGAUCAACCCGAAAUGACAAAAAGAGAACCCAGUGAAAAUAGGUUUUGUGAAAUUGAUAAAGAUCGCAUCAGGGCAACUCUUAAGAAAAGAAAGAGGGAAAGAAAGAUGAAUAACUUGGUUAGGACUGUCAUUGAUUCAAGUGAAGACGCAUGGAUUGAGAGAGAACUAGAAGUUGGUAUAGUUUCAGUAGCUGGUUCUGCUGCAACGAAACUAUUGUUGCAUAAUCUAUAGAGAUCACUGUGAUAUACUACUUAUCAGCUGUUGGAAUCAAUAGAAGAAACAGGUCAAACUGUUGGGGAUAAAAUUUAGACUACAUUUUUCAAAUACCAUUUACGUACAGAAGAAGGAAAUCUUUGAAAACUUUCCUCUUCUUAUUGUACCUCAUUACUGGGAUUCUGAAGGAUUAUUGACAUUCAAUCUCCCUGCAGCUGAGGAGAAAUCUGUAUGCAUAUAAAUUAUGGUGUUCCAGAGUUCAUGUCUGUAACUUUGAAACAUGUACAUGCAAAUCGCAUUUGGAAAAAUUGAUUAUUAGUUAUUUUUGCAUAUAA